AUGCACGAACCCGUGUGGGUACCAGCGGCGCUUACGGCCGUCACCGGCUGCCUCGGAUAUGCCUCCUUCUGCUGGGCCUCGGGCUUCCUGCCUGGGCAAACGAGCCCGGCGGCAUCGGCAGAAGGGCCAGCCGGCUACGGACGCGCCGCAAUGCUGGCGUUGCUUCUGCAUGAAGCCUGGGUGACCUUGCAGCAUGGCAACGUGCUGCUAAACCCCUUCUGCCAGCGCUUAGAUCGAAGAUAUGGCAUCUCCAUGCUGCGAAAAGGCCAACAUUGGGUGAUCGCAAGCGUGCUGGUGAUGUACUGGGCGCGUGAAGUUGCCAGUAUGCUCUUAUGCUUGCCUUACAUCACCGUCUACUCACAGAUUGCCGUGUUCGUGUCCACCAUCUACCACACCGUGAAGAUGUUCAACAUUUGCUUGGACGCGCAUCGGUGCUGGUCCCCGACCCUCGGGAUCAUGAAGCUGCUGAUUGACCAUUGGCACUUCCAGACACUGGGAACCCAGCUCGUGAGCCUGCUCCGGUUCUCCCUGCAGGGUUAUGACACCAUGGUGCACGUCUUCAUCGUCCGUGAUCUCAUUCACCAUGGCGGGCUGGGCACAGGCUACGUUAAGUGGCUGCACAUCCUGUUCCUCGUUUGGCUCCUUCAUGCGGUUCUGAACCAAGUCUCGCAACAAAGCACAGCUACACUCGUCGUGGAGUCUUGGCGGUAUCUUCUGGGCUUCCACAAGAAGCACAGAUGCGAAAACACCAGCUGCCAUUCUGCCAUGCCAGCCGGGGAUUGCUGCGUGGUCUGUGACUUGCUAAAAGAAGAGAGCAGCAAGCUCUGGAAGGGCAAAGCAUCCACCAGAACAUCGGAGCAAAAACAGAUGCUGGCUGCGACAUUCACUAUCCAGAUCGGCGCAGUGAUGUAUGCCGCGAUCCUGUUCUACAUGGAUGUCUUGCACUUGGGCGCUGGAUCCCAGGAAGGCCUGAUCCGCAACGACGUGCUCUUUUUGCACGAGGCGUGGGUCAUGCUUCAGCACGCGAAUGUCCUGCUCAACCCAUUCUGCCAACGCCUGGACCGACGCUAUGGAGUCUCCAUGCUGCGCAAGGGCCAGCACUGGGUCAUCGCAGGCGUCCUUGUGAUGUACUGGUCGAGGGAGGUGGUGAGCAUGCUCCUGUGCCUGGCCUUUACAUCGCCGAGGACGCAGCUGGCCAUCCUGGCCUCUUCGGGCUACCACCUGGUGAAGAUGCACAGUAUCUGCUGGGAUGCGCAGCGCCAGUGGUCUCCCUCACUUGGAAUCAUGAGGCUGCUGAUCGACCACUGGCACUUCGACACCCUGGCGCAGCGCCUGGUCAGCGCCCUGCGCUUCUUCCUGCAAGGCAGCGACACGCUGACGCACAUCAUGAUUGUGCGAGACAUGCUCACGCGCAGCGGCAGCCCCAUCACUGCUGGCCGGCUGCUGCCGCUGCACGGCCUGUUUCUGCUCUGGGUGGUGCACGCAGCUCUCAACCAAGCAACGCAGAGGAGCACCGCGACUUUGUUUGUCGAAGCGUGGCGCGCGGCGCUGUAUCGGCAGGAGGCUCCUGCGACCCCAACGGCAUGCUGCGGAAGCAAGGGCUGCCAGGUGUGCUCCUUACUCGCGAAAGCUCCAGACCCCAGCACAUCGAAGCUGGACGUCGUCUUCUUCUCGCAUCCGCCGUAUCCCAGCUCGCUCUUUAGCCUCUGGUGGCCCAGCGCCUCUCGGGGAUCGAAAAGUGGCUGGGCUCCUUCGUGGUGGAUGUACCUCUUCGGCCCUCCGCUGUCCCUGAUCAUCCCAUUCUUGUGGCCACUCUUGCGGAACGGCCAGGGUUUCGAGGUCGCGGAGGAUGUGGCGUAUGCCAAUGUGCACAUGCAAAACUGGGUCUUAGCCUGCUUCGGCUACCAGUACCUGCUAUGGCCGUUUCGAUCCUUCGUCGCUGCACGGAUCGCCCAAAGCGCGGCCAUGGCCGAGGAGAGGGGGGCGCGGGUCCUUUCCCUGGGUGCCCUGAACAAGGCAGAAUGGAUGAACAACGGCGGGCUGGCACUGCUGCGAGGCCUCGGUGGCGGAGUGCGGCUUGUGCACGGCAACACGCUCACAGCUGCAGCUGUCGUGGAGGCUGCCAGUGCGCUUUUCGGACCUGUGAGCUCGGUGACGGCGCCGAUCUUUGUCACCGGAGCCUCCAGCAAAGUGGGUGCUGCUGUGGCGCUGCGUUUGCUGCAGCUCGGCUACCCGGUCCUGGCGCACUCCAGUGACCCCGAGAGGCUCCGGCGAUUGGAUGCCAAGGCACAGCAGCUCGGCGCCAACUUGGCGACCAACCUUCAGGUGACAACGGCCCUGGUGGAGGGCGUGCACACGACGCAUUGGAUCAUCGGGAAGCACGACUCCAGGGUGGCGCAGUAUUUGCCUCGUGGCUCCCGAGCUGUGGUCUUCAGCGUGCCGAACCCGCUGGAGGAGUCCGGACGCAAGGAUGUUGUCUGGGUACCUGGAGGCAUUCUCCACCUGGACCCGACGCGCUUGGCCAAGCCAAGACAGUUCUCCAAUCUUUUGGCCGACAAUGAGAUUUAUGCCUGCCAUGCAGCCGGAAUUGUCACAGCGGCGAAUCCGGACUGGAAGGACGAGCUGGGCGAAGUGUGCGUGGACGCGAUGUCCACGCAGUGGGAGGCUGCCCUGGAGAUGGGCUUCUCUCUGCCACCUCAGCCAGCCACAAGCUCGAGCGGCCCGCGGCAGGGACAUCGGGCCGAUGUGGUGGUCAUCGGAGCUGGCCCAUCCGGCCUGGCAACCGCUGCGGCUCUGGUGCAGAGGGGAGUGGACGUCAUUGUGCUCGAGCGCCAGCGUCAGAUUCAAGGCAGCUGGCAGGAGCACUUCGAAGGCCUCACCAUCACCACACGCGCUGCAAGUUGCGGAUUGCCGGGUUGGCCGGCAGCGACAACACGAGCUCGGGACGAGGCAGUCAGGUGA